CUUCGCCGUCCAUCUUUGUUCGACUGACGCCAACGUCAAGUCAGUAACGACACAGCAAUUCACUGAAUGUUCAGUGUUAUACUGGCUACGUGUUGGAGUGGACGUUUGUGCGUAUAAGGGCAAGUGAGAUUUUUCAUGAAAAUGUUGUCCAGUUCUACACUGGGUGCCCUAUUGGGGACAAUCUUACUUAUUUCUUCGAUUCCCGAUGCAGCUUCCUACACCAAGUAUGGAAGAACAUGCAAGGACAUCGGCUGCAGAAGGGACGAAGUCUGCGUGAUGGCCGAGGAUCCCUGUUCAAUCUACCAACGAGAUAACUGUGGUCGUUAUCCGACUUGUGCAAAAGCUCAUCCAGGCGGGGCUAGUUGCGAAAGUACUGUUUGCGGUGAAAAUGAAUACUGCAAAACUGAAAAUGGCGCGCCGACAUGCGUGAAGAAAUCAACGGCAAUUGAUAACGAAUUGUUCGCAGAGGUCGAUACCGAUGACAACAGAGUCGUGAGAAGACGAGAAAGCACCAGCGAAGUGGACUCAUCCGCGCCCGACGUUCAGUCGACGAAGAGAUCGCAAUCGGGAUAUCCAUCUGGAAGCGGAUACCCAAGCUCCGAUUCCUCCAAGAGCUCCUACCCGUCCUCGGAGAGCCAACCGAAACCAGAAAGCCCGAGCAGGUCGUCGGGUUAUCCGUCGAACUCUGGUUAUCCAUCCAGUGGUUCGUCGGGUUAUCCUGCUAGUUCUGGCUAUCCUUCCAGAAGUUCGGGUUAUCCGUCGGAGUCUGGAAGCUCGUCUUAUCCCGGUUACCCAUCGAGAAGCAGUUCUGGUUAUCCGUCAGGCUCUGGAUAUCCUUCAGAAUCUGGAUACCCAGCGAGAAGUUCCUCGGGAUAUCCAACUGGAUCUGGUUACCCGUCGCGCAGUUCCGGUUAUCCGUCAGGAUCAAGCGGUUAUCCUAGUGGCUCGUAUCCUUCGAGCUCUGGUGGUUAUCCCAGUAGCUCGACGACGAACGAGGAGAGCGUAAAGAGAGUCGCCAGCUCGGUGAACGCCGCUUAUCCUGGAUAUCCUAGCCAGGGUCAGGCUACCAGAAGCAAUUACCCGUCUCAGAAUUCUGGAUAUCCUAGCCAGGGUCAGGCCACACGAAGCAACUAUCCAUCUCAGAAUUCUGGGUAUCCUUCGCAAUCUGGGUAUUCUGGUCAGUCGAACCCAUAUGGUAACUACUAUCCUGGAUACUCUCAGGGUUACCCACAGGGAUAUCCACAGGGAUAUCCACAGGGAUAUCAACAAGGAUAUCAGCAAGGAUAUUAUCCUCCUGGGCCUACUACUAGAAAGCCUAGUUUCGGAGAUCAGUUGUCCAAUAUAGCCAAGGAUCUUGCUGGAAGAUAUCUAACUCAAGCGAUUAUAGACAAAGUUAGUGGAAGGUCCCAUUAAAUUCUCAGAGGAUCUUGUAAAUUUUUAGCAUAUUACUAUACGUAUGUUAUCAAGCUUCUUCUCUGCGAAUAAUCACUGCUUACAGGCAAUAUUAUAUUAUACCAUGUGAAAUAGAAAUUACGACUAAUAUUAUAAUAUUGUAUAAUAAUCAUAACCAAUAAAUUAAAUUAAAAUUAAUAAAUUAUAAAAG